AUGUUCGGGCGGAUAGACCUUUUUGAAAGGAGGACCUUCACAUCUCAACCUCCUAUCACUUAUGCACGCGUCCUCCUAGUUUGGCUCAUGUUCACCCAAGUCUGCAGCGCGAGCUUGUAUCUAUAUACAAGUGAUAAUUCGAAAAUUAUCUUUUCAACUGUUGACUUUAUGUGGGUGAAUUCCUGUGAUUAUGGCUAUGUGAAUGGUAGUUUGGUCAUAGCUUCCUUUCUCGGUGACAAAUCUGAUCCUUGCACCCUGAACCCAGUUCCAGACAAUACUUCCAUCCUGUUGGUGCCCUUCGAGGAUGGUCUGAAUAAUGGGUGUUCUUCUUAUUCCGACGUUAUCUUAAGCAAUCCGUGGCUUCAAAUACCGCGAGAUAUCCCCGGACUGCGAAGUUUUCACGUGAUACGUAGAUCGAUUUAUGCACCACAAUGCCCAUCGACAGUAGUGAUCUUUACAUCCACAAAUAAUGGAGACCCCGGUGUAAGGGAACGAUAUAUGGGUGAUUCUCGGUUUCUCUCGAAGGCCAGAUCCGCAUUAGUGUUGAUCAGGACUGUGGAUGCAGCCAAGGUCAUCAAUCUCUUCAACGAAACUUCCAAUGCCAUGGUCACUCGAGAUAACGGCUCUUGGAUAAUGCUACUCAAUAGCAAAGGCUUGCUGAUAUGGUCAAUCGUCUUUGGGAUACUGUACGGAUGCGUAGCAGUGUCGGCAUUCUAUCUUACCUCUGUUGGCAUCUACAAACAUGGCCUCACACUGACCAAUCCAAGACCAUGGUUACUUAUGGGAGUUGGGUUAAGCUCUGCGAUUAUGCUAGAAUAUGAUCCCUGGGCUAUGCAUUAUGACCGCUUGUCUGAACUUCAAUAUGAGAUCGUUCAAAUGUCGGGAUACUUUAUUUUAUGUAUAUGCUAUGCGAUUUUCUUGUUUCCAUGGAUAAAAGCCACUCGUAACAUAUCCGAAGAACUAGAUUACCGGACGCCCCUAGUUCGUAAAUUGUGCCGUGUAUUUCAUUUGGGGUUGUUCUUUGCCGUCUUGGUCAAAAGUGUUGCUUUGAUAUUUUGCCUUUUUGGUUUCACACCAACGAUCAACAUCAAAAGGGACAUCAGUAAAAUUAUUUAUAUUGUGAUGGAGUCUGUUUUCACGUUCUUUGCCAUUUUCACCUAUGCGAUAUUUGGAAUAAUAAUGGUGUUAGCAAGGAAAUGUGAACACGAUUCGAUUCGGCAAAAUGCCAAUGCACAAAUACGAAGAUCGAGGACGUAUCGGGAGAUUGUUAAGUCAGGCAUUUUGACAAUAUCUCUGAUUCUGUCCCUACUCUUCAUCACCGUUCACACGAUAUUUACCAUCUUCUUACCACCAACCAUUCAUAAUUUUUGGAUAGUUCGCAUCCUUGAUGAUUUGUCGUUAGUUUUCGGAUGUUUGGUUCUCUUGAUUGCAUUACAGUACAACGCAGUUGGAAAGUACUCUCAUAUGUUAUAUACCGGAAGUAGUGAUGAAAAUGCGACCGAAAGUACAGUAUCUCCUCCGAUUUCUAGGGAUUCCUCAUUUCAUAAUAGCAACAACAGUGGUGCGGAAGCUACGGAUUCUCGGGGGAAACGAAACACUGUAGAGAUCUUGUUUGGGCGAAGAAGCUUGGGAUUUUAG